GCUGUGCACGGAAGGAAAAGAAAAAAAAUGAUAUAAUUUUUUUAUUCGUCCAACAGUUUUGUGCGACAAUCGCGUUUCCCAAUAUUUACGUUAUCAAUAUUGUGGAAACCCAAUUUUCGCCACAAUCGAACAAGGAAUGCAAGAGAUCAUGUCGGACAAAAUGGAUUUAGACAAAAGCAUGAACGGCAACGACCCUCAGUUCGCGAACCUCAACUACUCCGACAUGGAGGGCGAGAGCAUCGCGGACCAUUACCGCGGCGCCGUGGUGCUGGUGACCGGCGGCACCGGCUUCGUGGGCAAGGCGCUGCUGGAGAAGCUGCUGCGGAGCUGCCCCGGCAUCGACACCAUAUACGUCCUCAUGCGGCCCAAGCGCGGCCUCUCGGUAGAACAGAGGUAUAAAGAGCUGCUGAAGAACCAGGUAUUCGACCGCAUACGCUCGCGUUGGCCGGAACGGCUGAACAAGCUGUACCCGAUCACGGGCGACGUGUCGGCCCCCAACCUCGGCGUCAGCGAGCAACAGCAGAAGUUGCUAAGGCGGGUGCACACGGUGUUCCACUCCGCCGCAACGGUGAAGUUCACUGAGCCGCUGCAUGCGGCAGCACAACUCAACGUCCAGGGCACGGCGUUUAUGCUCGAGCUCGCUGGGACCAUGCCGCUGCUGAAGGCGCUGGUGCAUGUGUCGACGGCGUACAGCAACGCGCCGCGCGGCAGCAUCGACGAGCGUGUGUACCCGCCGGCCUACGACCCCGACAGCAUCGUGCGCUGCACCAAGAUGCUGCCCGCCGAGACGGUCGAGAUGAUCGCCGCCACGCUGCUGGGAGACCACCCCAACCCGUACACGCUGACGAAGUCGCUGGCUGAGUCCAUCGUGUACAGCCACACCGAGCUGCCAGUCUGCAUCAUCAGACCCUCCAUUGUGACCGCUGCUCACCAGGAGCCGUAUCCUGGUUGGAUAGACAACAUAUACGGCGUCACAGGUAUAAUAAUGGAGAUAUCCCGCGGCACGUACCGAUCAGGGUACUGCCGGGAGCGCUACGUGGUGGACCUGGUGCCGGUGGACCUGGUCGUCAACAGCUGCAUCCUCGCCGCCUGGAGGCAGGCUUGCAAGAAGCCGGGGCGGUGUCCUGUGUACAACGUGACGUCGGGGUCCAUCAACCCCAUACCCUGGGGACACUUCACCUCGCUCUGCGUCAAGUGGGCCCGCGAGAACCCCACCAAGUACGUGAUGUGGUACCCGAACUUCGGUUUCACGGAGUCUCGCCUGGUGAACACGUUCUGGGAGAUGACCUGCCACUUCCUGCCCGCCUUCCUCUACGACCUGCUGCUGCGCACGCAGGGGAGGAAAGCCAUCAUGAUGAAGCUAGCGCGGCGAUUCAAGAUGGCGGCGGCGACGGGGGAGUACUUCGCGAACCACGAGUGGCAGUUCGGCGUGUCGGAGCUGGCGGCGCUGCGGGGGGAGGCAGAGGGCGCGCGCGACGCCGCCACCUUCCCCCACUGGCCGGACGAGUUCGACUGGGACACCUACAUCGGCGCCUACAUGCUCGGCAUCCGACGGUAUAUACUGAAGGACGGCAUCGAGAGCCUGCCACAAGCUAGGACUAAGUUAAAAAGGCUGUACUGGGUGCAUCGCCUGUUCCAGGCCGCGACCGGCUACUACCUGUUCCGGUUCCUCGCCGGCCGCCUGCGGUAGACCCACCACCUCCGUACCCCUAAGUGUUAGUUCAGACAAAGCGAAAACCGCGC